CACCUCGGGCGCUUGGACCUGUAGCAGUCGCCCUGGAUCCGCGCAAUUGAGCAUCUCGAUUCCUCGAGUGGGCAAACCGAUUGCUGGACUGAUCGAAAUCCGCCGUCCAGCAACCCGAAAAACGACAUCCCCCGGCGAUAGCAGUUCUCUGGUAGCCAUCGCAGCACCAUGCCGACCCCCGAGUCCGAGGCUUUCCUGGCGAAGAAGCCCAAGGUCCCGCCUACCUUUGACGGUGUCGACUACGACGACACCAAGCGCCUGAAGCAGGCACAGGAUGCCAUCAUCCGCGAACAAUGGGUGCAGGUCAUGAUGGGACGGCUAGUUCGGGAGGAAUUGAGCAAGUGCUACUACCGGGAAGGUGUCAACCACCUUGAGAAGUGCGGCCGCUUGAGAGAACGAUACCUCGAACUGCUGCAGAACGCCAAGGUCAAGGGCUAUCUCUUCGAACAGCAGAACUACUUCUCCAAGGAGUCUGGAAAGUCAUGAACUGCUGGAGGUUCUGGGGACGUAUGGAAUGAGCGAAUAGGGAUACGGCAAUGGUACGUAGGGAGCGAGUCUUCUAGGGUGAGAUAGGCCAUGAGAAGAGGAAAUGGCGGAUAUCCUACAAACGCCGAGUCCCGAAUCCCAUUAUGAGAAACCAGGUUGUACAUACAAGAAAUUGACAUCUGUAAAACACUGUGAA